AGUCUUUUGGAAAAUGUAUAAAAGCGGUUCGCUGAUCGAAAUUUAGUCAGAGCACGAAAUUAAAUUUAUAAGUUAUAUACGAGAUACCCCAGGAUGAACACUAAGCAAGCCUUUUUUACAAUAGUUUUUCUCCUCGUUUCAAUGCAUAUAACCAAAUGUCAUUUAAUGAGAAAACUAUUGGAGAGGAUAGAUCUUCCGCAGCUUGGUCAUCACAUGCAUAAUAACAUGUUCAUCACAUCGAAAGUAUUUAAACCAAUUUACGACAGGUUUAAAACUUACUUUAUAAAUAUUCACCCACGUCUGGCUAAUCGAUCGAAUCUUAUAAAUCGCAUUAACAGUAAAUGUAUAAAAAUCAAUUCUCAAGAAAUAAUCGAACCAAUCGCCGUUAUCAAUCCAAUGGAAAUGAUUCCAAUUGAAGAUAUUGGACAAAUUAACGCUGCUUCAAUUAAGCACGGUGAUGUUAUUCCGAUUGAGCCGGUUAAUGCUGUUCCAAUUGAGCCGGUUGAUGCUGUUCCAAUUGAGCCGGUUGAUGCUGUUCCAAUUGAGCCGGUUGAUGCUGUUCCAAUUGAGCCGGUUGAUGUUGUUCCAAUUGAACCGGUUGAUGCUCUUCUAAUUGAGCCAGUUGAUCCAAUUAAGCAGGUUGAUUGUAUGCCAAUUAAGCAGACUGAUGUUACGCCAAUUAAGCAGGUUGACGCGGAUUCAGUUACAGCUUAAAAAUUGUUUUGUAUAUUUUCUUUUUAUAUAUUUUUAAAAUGAUUACUAACUUGUAAUUUAUUUACAGUUUAAUUAUUCGCAUUGUAAUUUCUCGAUGAAUAAACAAUUUUGGUAUGUA